CUAGCGAACACGGCAAUGGAUUUCACCUCCGUCGUCGCAAAGAAGGACACCGGCAAUGGCACAGCGCUUCUCUUAGGGCGUUACCAGGUCGGGAAACUCCUCGGCCAUGGUACUUUCGCCAAAGUUUACUACGCGCGCAAUGUCAAAACCGAUGAGAGUGUGGCCAUUAAAGUGUUAGACAAGGAGAAAAUCCUCAAAGGAGGCUUAAUCGCUCACAUUAAGCGCGAAAUUUUCAUCCUCCGCCGUGUACGUCACCCCAACAUCGUGCAACUCUUCGAAGUUAUGGCCACCAAGACAAAGAUCUACUUCGUAAUGGAAUACGUCCACGGUGGUCAGCUCUUCCACAAAGUCGCCAAAGGACGAUUAAAAGAAGACGUCGCCAGGAAAUACUUCCAGCAAUUAAUCUCAGCUGUUGAUUUCUGUCACGCCCGCGGCGUUUACCACCGCGACUUGAAGCCCGAGAAUCUACUCCUCGACGAAAACGGGAAUUUGAAAGUCUCGGAUUUCGGGUUGAGCGCGGUUUCGGAUCAGAUCCGGCAAGACGGUUUGUUCCAUACGUUUUGCGGGACCCCUGCUUACGUAGCGCCGGAAGUUCUGGGGAGGAAAGGAUACGAUGCCGCCAAAGUAGAUAUAUGGUCUUGCGGGGUAAUUUUGUUUGUUUUAAUGGCGGGGUAUUUACCUUUUCACGACCGUAGCAUUAUGGCCAUGUAUAAGAAGAUUUACAAGGGCGACUUCAGGUGUCCCAAAUGGUUUUCACCUGAUUUAAUAUGCCUACUUACAAAAGUUCUCGAUACGAACCCGGAAAGGAGAAUGACAAUCUCAGAAAUCAUGGAGAACCGUUGGUUUAAAAAGGGUUUUAAGCAUGUUAAAUUUUACAUCGAAGACAAUAAAUUUUGCAGUAUUAAGGACGACGACGACGACGAACUGGGAUCAUGCUCCUCGGACCAUUCAACAUACUCGGAGCCAGACGCUGAGCUUGAAACUAGGAAGAAAGUGGCUUCAUUACCGAGGCCAGCUAGUUUAAACGCGUUUGAUAUUAUUUCGUUUUCGCCUGGGUUUAACUUAUCUGCAUUAUUUGAGGAAGGAGAGGAAGGGUCAAGAUUUGUGUCAGGUGCACCCGUUUCGAGAAUUAUAUCAAAACUGGAAGAGAUAGCGAAGCUGGUCAGUUUUACAGUGAGGAAAAAGGAUUAUAGAGUGAACCUGGAGAGCUGUAGAGAAGGAGCGAAAGGGCCAUUAACCAUUGCCGCCGAGAUAUUCGAGUUGACGCCUUCAUUGGUUGUUGUGGAAGUGAAGAAGAAAGGAGGGGACCGAGGGGAGUAUGAGGAGUUUUGCAACAAGGAACUGAAACCAGGGUUAGAGAAUUUGACGCUGGAACAAUCACCGGAACAUGCACCCGCACCUGCUGAUGCCGACAAUUCAUAUGCCAUGUCAGAUACGGAAUAGAAUUGAAAGAGAGAGGGUGACAUGAAGGGAAAAGGGCAAAGCUCUAACAAUUCUUUUUGUUUUCCCUUUCUUUUAUCUUAGGUUCUUGUAUCAUUAAAAAAAAGGGUAUCUUUUGACCAGCUUGAAACGAUGUAUGAUCUAUUCUUGUCGUGACAAGGGAGGAUUAGAUCGCAGAG